GUCAAUGCGCUGGCCGUGAUCGCCAACUUCGUGGAGACCGUGGAGAGCGCGCGCCUCCUCUGCCAAAGCCCUCGUCUGCUCGAGGUGUUGCGGCGGUACGAAAAGCUGGAGAUGGACGAGAACAACGCCCACCUGCUCGAGAACGCGAGCUAUGCCAUGCAGGGCCUCAAGCAGAAGGUCCCCGACGAACUCGAUCGGCUCGGCAUCUCCUUCGCCAGCCUCGCCCUCCGCGAGGAGGAACUCGCCUCCGCCGAACACGGCGCGCAGUUGGCCAAGUGCGGCCUGUGCGAGGCGAAGGAGGCGCGUCGGGGCGACUUCCCCGUGUGCGGAGCCUGCAAGCAGGUGGCCUAUUGCACGCGGGAGCACCAAAAGCAGCACUGGCGCACCCACAAGCCGCACUGCCGCCCCGCCAGCCGCCAGUAG